AUGGAACAAAGAACAGUUCCGACGAGGACUGUUGCCUCUGGGAUGGAGUUGAUUGCAAUCCCGCCACAGGGAAAGUGA